AUGGCGACGCUGCUGGAGCCCGGCGUGCGCGGCCUGCGCGUGGGUGCCAACGGCGAGCAGUGCCCCACGCCGUCCCCCCCUGGCUCCCCAGGGACGCACCAUGACAGCUGCAGCAUCGCCCCACUGACGCCCUCCCAGUCCCCGAGGAGCGAGGCGCGCUCCCAGCAGAGCCCCUCCUUCGCCGUCGUGGUGGCCAUCGACUUCGGCACCACGUCCAGCGGCUACGCCUUCAGCUUCUGCAGCGACCCCGAGGCCAUCCACAUGAUGAGGAAAUGGGAAGGAGGGGACCCGGGGGUGGCCAACCAGAAGACCCCCACCAGCCUGCUGCUGACGCCGGAGGGCAGCUUCCACAGCUUCGGCUACACCGCCAGGGACUACUACCACGACCUCGACCCCGAGGAGGCCCGCGACUGGCUCUACUUUGAGAAGUUUAAGAUGAAGAUCCACAGCACCAGCGACCUCACCAUGAAAACUGAGCUGGAAGCUGUGAACGGGAAGAAAAUGCAAGCCCUGGAGGUGUUCGCCCACGCGCUCCGCUUCUUCAAGCAGCACGCCGUGCAGGAGCUGAAGGACCAGUGCCCGUCGCUGCCGGAGAGGGACGCCAUCCGCUGGGUGAUCACCGUGCCGGCCAUCUGGAAGCAGCCGGCCAAGCAGUUCAUGCGGGAGGCUGCCUACAAGGCCGGGCUGGUGUCCCCGGAGACCCCGGAGCAGCUGCUGAUCGCGCUGGAGCCCGAGGCCGCCUCCAUUUACUGCAGGAAGCUCCGGCUGCACCAGCUGAUCGAGCUGAGCUGCAAGCCCCAGCCCAACGGGCUGGCCCCCGACCACGCCAUCGACUCCAGCUUCAGGCAGGCCCGCGAGCAGCUCCGGCGGUCCCGCCACAGCCGCACCUUCCUGGUGGAGUCGGGCGUCGGGGAGCUCUGGUCCGAGAUGCAGGCGGGUGACCGGUACAUCGUGGCGGACUGCGGCGGCGGCACGGUGGACCUGACCGUGCACCAGAUCGAGAAGCCGCAGGGGACCCUGAAGGAGCUGUACAAAGCCUCAGGGGGUCCCUACGGCGCCGUGGGGGUGGACCUGGCCUUCGAGCGGCUGCUGUGCCACAUCUUCGGGGAGGAUUUCAUCGCCACCUUCAAGGCCAAGCGCCCGGCCGCCUGGGUGGACCUGACCAUCGCCUUCGAGGCGCGCAAGCGAGCGGCGGCCCCGUCCCGCGCCAGCCCCCUCAACAUCUCCCUGCCCUUCUCCUUCAUCGACUUCUACCGCAAGCACCGGGGCCAGAACGUGGAGACGGCCCUCAAGAAGAGCAACGUGAACUUCGUCAAGUGGUCGUCCCAGGGGAUGCUGCGCAUGUCCCCAGAGGCCAUGAGCGAGCUCUUCCAGCCCACCAUCACCCAGAUCAUCAAGCACAUCGAUGCCCUCCUGAAGAAGCCCGAAGUGCAAGGCAUCAAGUUCCUGUUCCUGGUGGGCGGCUUCGCGGAGUCGGCCAUGCUGCAGCACGCCGUGCAGGCUGCCUUCGGCCCCGUGUGCCGCGUCAUCAUCCCCCAGGACGUGGGGCUGACCAUCCUCAAGGGGGCCGUGCUCUUCGGCCUCGACCCCACCAUCGUCCGCGUGCGGCGCUCCCCCCUGACCUACGGCGUGGGGGUGCUCAACAAGUUCGUGGAGGGGAAGCACCCGCGGGAGAAGCUGCUGGUGAAGGAGGGCAAGAACUGGUGCACGGACAUCUUCGAGAAGUUCGUCUCCGUCGACCAGUCGGUGGCGCUGGGCGAGGUGGUGCAGCGCAGCUACUGCCCGGCCCGCGCCGGCCAGCGCAAGACCAUCAUCAACAUCUACUGCAGCGCCACGGACGACGUGGUCUACAUCACCGACCCCGGCGUGCGCAAGUGCGGCACCAUCAGCCUGGAGCUGCCGGAGCUGGGCGAUGCCGGCAGCCCCCCGCGCGCCCGCCGCGAGAUCCGCGCCGCCAUGCAGUUCGGGGACACGGAGAUCAAGGUCACCGCCAUGGACAUCCGCACCUCCAAGACGGUCCGGGCCACCAUCGACUUCCUCUCCAACUGA